AUGUGCAGUCUGUUGAUCGACAGGGUGGGGCCGCACAUUGUCACAAACUAUCACUGCAUUGCAAAGCUUGCUAAGGACACGACAAAGACGCAGAGGACAUUUGUGGGUAUUGAGGGUCCGGAUGGCAAACUUAGUCAGUGGCCAGCGAGGAUUGUGGCCACGGAUGCCUCGCAUGACUUGGCAGUGCUGCAGAUCGAUGCUCCGCCAGAAACCCUCCAGCCCAUCAAGAUGGGUUCCUCAAAGGGGCUGAAGGUGGGCCAGUCAGUGUUUGCGAUCGGCAAUCCCCGGGGGCUAUCGCGCACGAUGACUGCCGGGGUAGUAAGCGGCCUGAACAGGGCCAUCCCAUCCCCUGUCAACACCCUGACCUACGGCGCCAUUCAGACUGAUGCGCCGAUCAAUGGAGGCAGCUCUGGAGGCGCCCUGCUGGACUCCAGUGGCCGCCUGAUAGGCAUCAGCACUGCCACGUUCUCCAGGAAAGGAACGGGGAGGGGCAGUGGAGUGAACUUUGCACUGCCAGCGGAUCUUGUACUGGACAUUGUGCCAAAACUGAUUGUCUACGGAAAUCCCACAGGACGUGGGAUGGGCUGA